UGUAUUAUGAAACACAUGUGUUGUGUAUGUGUGUCACUCUCGCUGCACUGACUCAUAAUUUUUCUCUCUCUAAUUUCUGUGACAUAUUUUCCAUUUUUUGUAGUCCCCCUCACAUAACGAAACAGCCAGCUAGUCAAUUUAUCACCAUGCCAGAGGAUACCAGUAAAAUCGAGCGAAUAGGGGCCAUUCUGGUGGACCCAACCCGCCCCUUACCGGAGCGAUUUCGUGCCCUGUUCACGUUGCGCAACCUGGGCGGAUCGACCGCCCUGGCGUGUAUCGGCCGGUGUUUUGCCGAUGACUCGGCCCUUUUGAAGCACGAGUGUGCUUACUGCCUGGGCCAGAUGCAGGAUGAAGGGGCAAUCUCCAUGCUGGUGGAGGUGCUGGAGGAUGUCAAGCAGGAGCCGAUUGUAAGACAUGAAGCAGGAGAAGCCUUGGGAGCCAUUGGAUCGCCAGACAUCUUGAACAUUCUGAAGAAAUACGAGCAUGACCCAAUCACGGAGAUUGCAGAAACAUGUCAGCUGGCCAUACAGAGGAUAGAGUGGCUACAGAGCGAACAGCGAACGCAAGAAGAGAGCCAGAUCUCGGCAAACCCCUUCAAGUCGGUCGAUCCAGCGCCCCCGGCCGUCCCAGCAACCCUGGAGGAGCUGCAGGCGAGGUUGCUGGAUGAGGACGCGUCACUGUUUGACCGUUACCGAGCGAUGUUUGCUCUCAGGAAUAGGAACGAUGAGCCGGCUGUGCGGGCCUUGGCACAGGGGUUACAGUGCAAGAGCGCCCUCUUCAGGCACGAGAUAGCGUACGUCCUGGGCCAGAUGCAACACGGGGCAUGCAUCCCGCAACUCUUAGAGACCCUGGCCAAGUCGGAGGAGAACUCCAUGGUCCGGCACGAGUGCGCGGAGGCCCUGGGCUCCAUCGCCCAGGAGGGGUGCCUGGACAAGCUGAGGGAUUACAUAGGGGAUGGAGAGAGGGUGGUGCGGGAGAGUUGUGUGAUUGCUUUGGACAUGGGGGAACACGAGACCAGCGGGGAGUUCCACUAUUGUGACGGACUUGUCAAGCUGGAGUCAGAGUCUAAGCACCAAGAGUCCUCAUAGUAAAUUGAUGUUAUUGUUUUAUGCGCGAGUUCAGUAUUGCCAUGCACUUGUGAGGCUGGAGUCAGAGGCUAACUUGCAACAGUCCUCAUAGUAAGCGGAUAUUUAGCCUCCGGUUAUUUGAAGUCUUAGACAGUCAAAAUUCGAAUCCACUUCCCCUGCGUUUCUUUUAACACAGGCUAGUCACCAGCAGUCAGAUCAUGUCAAGCAAGCACUGUGGCUAGUCAAACUCAGUCCAUAGACCAUGAGCAGACAAAGUAGGCAAGUUGUGGGCACAGCUGGCUUAUCAAUUACCCACAGUUAAAGCAAAGCUGUAUCAAGGUACAUAAACAGUCACAGCCAGUCAAUCCUGCUUUGUGUAGGCUGGGAAUUCUUAACUGUUGAAAACAGUCACUUGAUUGAUUUUGACUGAAAGGACUACUUGGCACAGAUGUAUGUUUGCAUUGGAGGAUUAAUGCAGAGUUUUGUGGCCAGAGUUUUGUUCCCAAGCGCUAGCGCUACAGAGCUGGGUUCAAACAUUUCACGAAGGGGUAGUUUCGAAAAGGGCAAGUACAUUUUCAACUAAUCUCAUAAUGUAAUACAUGUAGAAAGUACAUUUUAAUUGGAUUUAGGUUUAAUUAAUUUAUAGUUUCAAGCAGAAUCGUUGGGUUUCAAAGCCAAAUAAAAUUAUUUGAAUUAAAAUAAAUAAAUGUAGAACAAAUGGACAAUUUCCAACCAAA